UAUUUACCACAACAUUCUGUGUAUUAAGAUAAUAGCUGACUGCCCUUUAAACAAGUUUCGAUUGAUCAUUGCGAGAAACUAACGGCAACAGGUUAAUGGCCAUUUUAUAAUAAUCUUAUUACUAUCGCGUAAAAAGCCUAAUCAGUAAUCAGGAUCAUAAAUAGCCAAUUGGUGGGGCUGUAUCAAAAGCAAUAUAAGCAAGUUGUCUGGAAAACAGCCGCCCUUUUGGCACCAAAUGGCACAGAGUCACUGGAACCAAUGUCAAUCGAUCAGGUGCUGCACAUGCCGACUCCUCUUGUACCCUCUUGUAUCCACAGCGUCACAGUAGGUGGUUUCACCUAAAAAGUACCUGUCAAUUAGUCAGAAAAGAUAACGAUUGCGACAGAGCAGUGUUGUCAUUAAAUGGCGGGCCAUUUCAGUGCAUGCCCCGCCGCAGACAUGAGCAGCACAUGGGUGGGCACAGCUCCAGCACCGGUGGACACGGAAAUGGUGACCGUUACCGCGCAGCCAGACUGUGGGGUUGAGGUGACCCAGAUACCCGUCUACACCCUGAACGCAGUGGGGGCGGGUGCACUGCCACCGACUGUGGGCACCAAGCCGGUGAGGGUGCGGUGUCCGUCCUGCAAGGGCGAGGUCACCACCAGUCUGGUCACGGCCCCCACCUACAAGACCCACCUGUGCGGCCUGUCCUUGUACAUCUGCUGCUGCUGGCCCUUCAUCUGCCUGCCCUACUUCAUCAACUACUGCAAGAGUGUGCAGCACUACUGUCCCAACUGUGGAUGCUACAUAGGGAGCUACAGCAUUUGAUCAAGAGCUGCCCCUCCGCACUGCCAGCCAUCCUUUCCACGUGAAGACCUAAUCAACUUUAGCCAUAUAUAGAAACAAUAAGUAAUAACAACGUUUUAAAGUUUACUUCUUUUUGUUAGUAGUAGCCAUCUGUACAUUUUUAAUGAAAAUUAUAAGUU